AUGUUGGACACUCUCCCCUCUGCCCUGCAGGGGCUGGGCAGGCAGGUGCUGCCCACGCUGCCUUCACUCAGCCAGGAGGAUGUUUCUACUAUCUGGGGGUAUGUGUCAGAAUUUGUGGAACGGCAGCUAACUCUGCACAAGGGGGUUCAUAUUCCAGGACUUGGAAUUUUCACUUUCAUGAGACAAAAGCUUGAUAUGGGAAGCAAUAAAUUCAUUCUAAUUCAGAGACCCAUAUUCAUCUUGGCAGAGAAGUUAGUACAACUCCACGGACUUACACAAAACAAGGUGCAUACUCCUGGUGAUAUCCCGAUUAUUCCGCUUAAUUUUAUCACAAUAUCCCUGGAGGGUCCAUAUAACAGGGAUAUAGUAGAAGGAUGUGUGAAGGAAACAUUGCUUUUCUUAUCACGAUCCAUUGCCACCCAACGCAAUGUGGAAUUCACAUUCAAAGGAAUCGGGGUCCUCAUGAUCAGACACGGCAAAGUGAAGAUGAGAUUCUUUAAAGACUUUCUUUGUGCCAUGGAUGGAAGUGGGACGUUGAUGAAAGCCCUCGUAAACAGGCCUGGCACUGUAGACUCAGUGUUGUCUAGCAGAGAGGAUCAUGGGAAACGACCCUACAGCGUGCUUGCAUUUCCACGGAUUAGUCUCAAGGAGACAGAAAAUAAACCACCUUUGGAGACCAUUGUAGAAGAAAGUCAAGAUAAUAGAAAAAAGUUGAAGGUUAAAGAAAAGUCAGAUAAUGACAAGGGCAUCAAAGAGAUCUCACCGCCCAAGAACUGUAGAGAUAGACAGGCUAUCUCUCCUGCCAAAGUGACAGGUGUGAAUUUGACAGACACGUUUGGGCAGACUAAGAGUGGCGCGAGGAAUAUGUCUGAAAGCUUAGAACCUCCAGGUUUUCUGAAAUGCAAGAAUGAUAAGAAGCCCCAAACUUCUCCAGUCCAUUCUUGUCAGGAUCAUAAGAAGGCAGGACAGGAAAUGUGCUACGUGUGUUUGCAACGAGCACAGCAGAACUCCCCCCUCUACUACGGUGAAGUGAGGAAAAGGAGGGAGUUGGAAGACGAGCAACUCCUGCGUCAGUAUCAGACGAUGAAAGAACAGGAGGCUUUUGUGAAGCAGCAGAUGAAUAGCCUGGUUGCCAGAGAACAGAAUCAGAAAAAUGCUGCCUAUAAUCUUGGAGUUGCUGAUGCUAUAAGAAACCACAAGAAUGAAAAACCGGAAUUUUAUAAAUCCUGUAUAUUUGAUAAGCGGCCACUCAGUUCUGAAAUUAAUGCUUAUAAGCAAGAGGAAUAUUCCCGAAGUCUCCUGAAACAAAUAGAUAACAGACGGGAAAAAGAAAUAAAGCAAAGACUGAACAGAGACUUGAUGGACCGCCUGGAGCAAGUACAAUUCACGGAGGAACUUGCUGCACAAAGAGCCAAAUAUUUGAAAGAUAAGAUGGAAGAAUCCCAGUGUUACAAAAGAGCUUUGGAUACACAGAUAAAGAACAAACCUUUCCGAUUACCUGUGUUUGAGCCAGACUCUACAGAACCCAUCUUUGGUAAGCCAGGGGAUGAGUUGCUGAUGGAGAGACGAAAUCAAGAACAGAAUUAUAUGAAGCAUCAGCUGGAGACAGCUGCUGCCCAAAAGAGGAAAGUCAUUCUGAACCAAAUGGCGGAUCAGAGGCGGGAUUUGCAAAUGUUGGAGAGGACACAUAAAGAAUUCUUGCAAGACCGAGCUGCUGAACGGGAGCGUGAGAACAGAAUCACCCGAGGCUUACAGGACGACUGGGAAAGGAGUGUGGCGAUGAAGAGACAGCGGGAUCAGGAGGAGAAGGUUUUUGAGAGGGCUUCCGACAAGCUCUUCCUCCUGGACCAGUGUGAGAAGUACGAGCGAUGCAAGCAGUGCCAGAGGCGCACCUCCAACAUGGGCCAGAGCAACCUGUGGCCGGGGACCAAGCACCUGCACGGCUCCCGUCUGUUUGUGUAAAACGCCAAGUUUGGACCUGGGUUCCCUGGGGAAAGUUUUUGUCUUUUAGGUAUUUAAAAUGAUUGUGAAAGAGCAGUUUUGUAGAUUAGAGGGGGAAAAAAGAUUGGGUAGGUUUGGAACGUUUCAUUAGAUUGCGUUUUAACCCUUUCAUUGAAUUCAUGUGGGCAGGCUGUCCCCACCUGCUUCCGUUCCAUCCUCACGAGUCCCCACGCUGGCCUCAGGUGGAAGCGAAGGUGUCUGACGGGUCCUGAGGACUAGCACCCUUGCUGCCCUGAAAGCUGCAGUGAGACCCAACUUCUUUUUGGCUGCUGGGGUCCCAGGGUGAGGUGCUCCUGCCCUGGCCCUGCCACUCCCCUCUAGCACUUUG